CGUAGCUGGAUUUUUGUGCAAUUUCUGACCAGAAAAUUCUCAUUCAACUUCAGAAGAACUCCGGAUAUUGCAGGAGAAUCAUCGCAGCAUAUUUUUGCAGUGCAUUUUGUGAACUUUCUGCGUUUGUUUGUCAACUUGCCAGGGAAAGUGGUGUGUGCGUGAAAAUUGUGGACUUUUUCGGGGGUCUUGCGUCAUCCGAAGCUAAACUUUUCCUAAUCCGGAAAAAGGCAGCUUCCGCGGAAAAUCCACAAGUUGAGAGUGAUUCCGUUGCUGCAGCCUGUGCGGCAACACAGCUGAGAAUGCUGAGUAUGGAUCAGGACGACGCCACGGAUCCCAGAUCUAUGGCAGAUUGCCUCUAGCUGAGCAGAGAGUUUCUUGCUUUAUUUUUGCUAGUUCAGCUCCUCGCGGGAGAUUUCUUCACCACGUGCAUUCAGUAGAAGGAAAAUGACGACAAUGAAGAACGGCAGCACGAAGAAACUUAACCUACUGUCCCUCGUAAAGUACGAGCACCUCGUGGCUGGGAUUUCCGGCGGGGUCACUUCAACGCUCAUCCUCCACCCUCUGGACCUCAUCAAGAUCCGAUUUGCAGUGAACGAUGGUCGUCAGGCAACCAUUCCACAGUAUCGCAAUCUCUCAAGUGCUUUUGCAACAAUAUUCCGCCAGGAGGGCCUAAGGGGCUUGUACAAGGGGGUAACACCCAAUGUUUGGGGUUCUGGGAGUGCUUGGGGAUUCUAUUUUCUUUUCUACAACACCAUAAAGACAUGGAUUCAGGGUGGUAAUACACAUAUCGCUUUGGGGCCAACAAUGCACAUGAUUGCAGCGGCAGAAGCUGGAAUUUUGACGCUAGCAAUGACAAAUCCCAUCUGGGUGGUGAAGACACGUCUCUGCCUCCAAUAUUCCAAUGAGCUCAGUCCAAGUGGGGAAAGUACAAAUUAUCGAGGGAUGGUUGAUGCACUUAAAAAGAUCUACCGAACAGAGGGUGUCCGUGGAUUCUAUAGAGGUUUUGUUCCCGGAAUCUUCGGAGUAUCACACGGGGCACUUCAGUUUAUGACCUAUGAGGAGAUGAAGAAUCGCUACAAUCAAUAUAGACGAUUACCAAUUGAUCAGAAGCUGACAACCACAGAAUACUUGACAUUCGCUGCAAUUUCAAAGCUUAUUGCAGCUGCAGCAACUUAUCCCUACCAGGUGAUAAGGGCUCGUCUCCAGGAUCAUCACCUUCACUAUGAGGGUACAUGGGACUGUAUUAAGCAAACUUGGAGGUUUGAGAAGUGGCGUGGAUUUUACAAAGGACUCGGACCAAAUCUGACCCGUGUUGUACCAGCAACAAUGAUUACAUUUGCAACAUAUGAAAAUCUCUAUCACUACAUGCGCGACAAUAAGUAGAUAGAAAAGAGAAAAUAAAUGAAUUAAAUGUGAUUCAACCUGUGACAGAUCAUCACAAAGACUAAAAUAAAAUAAUUAGUUACCCAAAGGCCGCCAUAAAGGAUACAUACCAAAGGUAAAUGGAAUUUAAACAGGAUGCCAACAUCCUGGAAUGCAGCCAAUUGCAGCAUUUUGUUAGUCGUUAGUAUAGUCUCUGAAUAAUACAGGAGUUUAUUAGAAAA